UCUAAACAAUAAAAAAACAUAAAUGCGGAUGUAAACACAGUCAAUCAAUUAUGACUUAUUGUUUUAUUUUUUAAUUUGUGCUUUAGUUAUUUGAAUUAAGUGUGCUCCAGAUUUUGUACUUGAUACUUGAAGUUGUAUUUUAAACUGAAGAAAAAUAUAUCACCUCCAUAAAAAUAACCAAGAUGAAGCAAAUGUAAGCCUAACAGUUACAAAUAGAUUGUAUCAUCAAAACAAAGCCUAACAUAUUAUGCUGUGACUAUUUUUAUAAUAUGGAAAAAACAAUCUUUGUAAACAGUGAUGUGUUUGAGAAUAUUCCAGAAUAUUUGUUUUGUGGCUUAACAUGCAUUUGUAAACAUAACCCUGAUGAGGAUUGCAGACACAAGUGGUUUUCUUCCGCUCCAAAGUUUACAACAAUACGAGUAAACACAAUUAUAACAUCCACAGAGAAAUUAACGGAUAUAAUAAAUUAUUCCAUUACAGAGGAAAGUGACAGGCGAGGACUGAAAAGACCUGACGUGUAUCAACAUGCAGAGUUGCCGGACUGUCUGGUGGUUGCUCCCUGGGCGUGCACAGACGCGCAGCUGACAAAGCAUGAACGGGAGAUCAUUGUUGACGCAGCAUGUGGAGCAGCUGUGCUCAGGGGAGCUAAUGUUUUUGCCCCUGGUGUCCUUGGAAUGAUGCCCAGCACCCAAGAAGGUGAGUGGGUGAGUAUUUACACUGACUCCGGUCGAAGGUGCAAGCGAGGUCUGACCGUGCCUUUUGUCGACCCAGGGAAAGUGUUUGUGGGUAACGGCAUCAUGAGAAUGUCUCGAAGUCAUCUCUUUCAAAAGGAUCUCCAUCCUAAGGGUGUAGCAGUGGAGGUAAUGCUGCCGGCUAGCGGAGUGACUGCGGUGGAAGUGCCACAGCCACUAGGACUGCUGCAGAAUCUCCCGUCCAUAGUCUGCGGUCGUGUGGUCUGUCCUCGGCCCGGAGACAAGGUCAUAGAUCUCUGUGCAGCUCCUGGCCACAAGACUACCCACCUUGCUGCUCUCAUGGAGAACACGGGAGUGCUGGUGGCAUUAGACAAGAUUCCUCGGAAGAUUGAAGCACUCAAGGCUCUCUGUGAGACCAUGCAGGCCGACUGUGUGAGAGCGUAUGCCUUCGAUUCCACCAGAGCGGUUUCAGCUUCUGCUCAUGCCUCUGGUUCGGACUGGUCACCACCUUUUGCUCCCAACACGUUUGAUCACGUUCUGUUGGACGCACCGUGCAGUGCUCUUGGUCAGAGGCCUCAGAUUAGCUGCAAGAUAACAAGCAAACAGAUUUCCUCACAUCCCAAGCUACAGAGGAAGCUGUUUACCACGGCCGUGCAGUUGGUAAAACCUGGUGGCUCGCUGGUUUACAGUACAUGCUCAUUAACGAGAGAAGAGAAUGAGGACAUCGUCAGUUGGGCUCUUGGUUCGUUCCCUCAGUUGGAAUUGGUUCCGGCAGUUCCUCUGGUGGGAAAACCAGGAAUCGCUCAGAGUUCCCUGUGUGAAACAGAUUGCCAGAAAGUGCAGAGGUUCGGACCACCACUAGGAGACAGUCCUGAAGAGGACACCAUUGGAUUUUUUAUCGCUAAAUUUGUUAAAGUCAAAUUGUAAUAAAAUAAAUCCGAUAUUCAUAUUUUAA